AUGCUGCUAUUUCAAGAAAUCUACUGCCCGGAACAGAUUGUAAUACCAGAAAAUUUCCAUAUUACGCUCAAGCAAUAUGCCAAAGCGGUCAUCCGAACGCAGCCAUUUGAUUUAUUACGAUGGUCGGCCGCAUAUUUCCGAUGUUUGGCGCUCAGCGUUCAACCUCCGGUAAAAUCACGUUACGAACCGCCCGAGCGACAUGGGAAGCUUACCAACGGAAUUGUUCGAGUACUGAUUGAUCAGCUUGGUAAAGGUUAUUACGUGCACAAGAGGAUCCUUUUGGAGAAGUGGGAAGGUUUAUGUCUUCCGGAAGAAGACUUAUUAAAUGUUCUGUCACUGCUUCGGAUGUUGAGUUGGUCCCAACUACACUGGCUGAAGAUAGUCGCCGUUUUCAUUGGUCAACUGUGUAAAGACUUUGAGAGAACCGCAGAAAUGAUCUGUGAAAUGUUAACCGAAGAUCCGGAGGGAGGAGCUGCGUCGAUACCAUACUGGAUGUUCCGAGAGUGUUUUCUUGCUGUGGCCGAUUUGGAUUGCGGCUCCACACAAAAGUUUGUGAACGGAAGGAAAGUUCUUGAUGAGGAUACCGGUGCUCUGGAGGAGGAACAGAUGCCGCCCACCCUGCCGAAAGUUGUGUCAACAAUUUCAUUUAAAAAUGCCAUUAUUGACAAGUACCGUUCCACGCUAGAGCAUGAACCUGAACAGCAACAUUCUGCGCUAUCCCACAACAUCAACAUUGGCGACAACGAUCAACUUUCGGCACCGUCGGCCGUUCCCUCGAGGCUUGAAUCUGAUUUUAAGUUUUUCGGAGACGACACCGAUGCACGGGAAGUUCUCCGCCGUGCACCAGACUUUGACAGUGUGAUAGUCUUGCUGAGGCGACUUCGGGGAGGUGGGGUCAUUUCGAUGGUCAGCGAGAGCAAUCUGACGAAGGCUGCUCUGGAACGAACUCAAGAACGCUCCAAACAAAUCGAGGAACUUAAAGUUUCAAUCAGUGAAGAGGAGUACAGAAAACUGAAGGAACAGGAACGCCAGGAGCUGCUGAAGGAAAUGGGACCACCGUGGUUAAUGUUGUAUCUGUUCUCACAAGACUGCUCCCGCACGAAAUCGUUCAAUUACGUCGAACAAAGCUCAACCUCCAUCUCAGACGAUUCCGUUUCGGCAUACUCGAUGGAGAACAUUUACGAGGACACACUGGAGUUGGAUCCUGGUGCUGCGUUCGGACGAGAGCGUCGUAAAUCUAGCUUCUCACUCCCGGUAACACUUCGGGCAAGGAUGAGCGUUAGUUCUCAUUCGGCUGCCUUCAUUACGAAUGAAAUCCUCUCGAAGGUUGUCUGCUCCAUCGACCAGGCCAUCAUUGACGGCGAGUGUGAUCUAUCGGUCGGCUCAAUAGCAAAUUUCCUCGAGCAAAAAUCUAACACUAGCGAGGAAUUUAUUUCGCCAGCCGAUCACGAGAAGCUUCAGUCGUUUCUGAAGGAAGCGGAAAGCCGUGAACUGGUGGUAAAAGACAUUAAUGAGCUGUAUAACUUUUUUGUAAGCGAAAGUUUCCAGCACGCCUUGCAGAGCAAUCUGAACGAACCGCACCAGAAAGAGAUAUUUAGCAUCUUCGGAGAAAGCGGUAUCGAAGUAGAUGCGAAUCUGCUGGAGGCUAAAAUAUCGGACAACAUGAUUUUGGGCCUGGUUGCUCCACCACCAGUCCGGGAACCUCCAGAAGAUGCAAACGAUCAAACUGAGACCGUGGAACCUCGUUCAUUGUUACCGACGCCCUCAAUGGAUACGCUCGUGCCAACUGCCUACGAAGGUACAACACAAACCGAUCCGAUCGAAAUAGCAUGUGUGCAGCGUAAAAUACCGCUUGUUCCAACGGAUGAUCAACGUAUCACGUACAAAUGCAAAAUUUCCCCCAUACCAGGCAUCGGUAGCCCAAUGAAAGAGAGUGUACGUGAUGCAUUCCUUGCAUAUCUAGCACAACGGUCCAUAGACCAACAAGGAUUAAUUUAUCCACGCAAUUUUCGUGAGACUCGUUGUCCUCGAAUUGAUUAA